GCGAGCGGCGGCGGGCGCGGCCUCCCGAGGUCUUGUGCAUGGCUGAGCAUGGACCCCGCAGCCGCGCAUAGCUGCCACCUGCUUCAGCAGCUGCACGAGCAGCGGAUCCAGGGCCUGCUGUGUGACUGCACGCUCGUGGUAAAAGGUGUCUGCUUCAAAGCACACAAGAACGUCCUCGCUGCCUUCAGCCAGUACUUUAGGAGUCUCUUUCAGAAUUCAUCAGGCCAGAAGAAUGACGUUUUCCACUUGGAUAUUAAAAAUGUCAGUGGCAUCGGACAGAUCCUGGACUUCAUGUACACGUCUCAUCUAGAUUUGAACCAGGGCAACGUACAAAUCAUGCUGGACAUAGCACAGUGCUUGCAAGUGCCCAACGUUCUGAGUCUGUGUCACACAUUCCUGAAACCCACCACUGGGGAGCAGCCCCCCAGCACGCUAUGUAGCAGCGCCUUCCCCACUCCAGGCGCUCUGACCCCCAACUCUGACUGCGUCAUCAGGGAUCACUACCCUCCCUUGCUGCCGGCCUGCUCGGCUCAGGGGCAGCCAAGCAAAGUGCUGGACGACCCACAUUCCCACGGGUCGCCACCAGUGACUCUUCAUCCUUCCCCAAGUGAAGCGUCCAAACAAGCCCCUGCUGCCUCCGAUGGCGAAUGCCCAGAGCCUUUCAAACAGCCGAACCACUACUCCAAGCUCCGGAACUUUUACAGUAAGCAGUACUAUAAGCACGCCGCCUGUCCCGGCCGCCAGAGGGGAGUGGAGCAGCCCUUGGCAGUGGGCAGUGCCACCGACCUCAGCGCUGUCGUUGAGAACCAGCCGUGUGCCCUCAGUCAUUCAGAGUGCGUCCUUGAGGCCACCGAGCAUUUACCCUCCAACUCCCUGAGUCCACUCCUGCCCGGGGCGGCUGCAGCUCCGGAGCCGGAGCCCCCCUGCCACCAUCCUGCCAAGCAGAUGCGUCUCAAGAAGGCCGUGCACCUGAAGAAGCUCAACUUCCUCAAGUCCCAGAGACCUGCAGAGCCAGAUGCCCACCCCAGCACUGAUGGCGGGUUAGUCCAGGGGACGGGGCCUGCUCAGGACAACCCGAGAGAGAGAAUUAAUGGCCCAAGCCCUGAGCGGGAGGAGCAGGAAGGACUUGGGAACCCUGAGCGCUUCAGUUGCGAUCAUGAGGUGGAGCGGCCGGAAGAGCAGGCCCCUCAGGAAGACCAGUCCCCGGCCCUCCAGACACAGAGACAGUACGCGUGCGAGUUGUGCGGGAAACCGUUCAAACACCCCAGCAAUCUGGAGCUUCACAGACGGUCUCAUACAGGUGAGAAACCUUUUGAAUGUAACAUUUGUGGGAAACAUUUCUCUCAGGCGGGGAACUUGCAGACACACCUGCGCAGACACUCGGGCGAGAAGCCCUACAUCUGCGAGAUCUGUGGCAAGAGGUUUGCAGCCUCGGGGGACGUGCAGCGGCACAUCAUCAUCCACUCCGGAGAGAAGCCACACCUGUGUGACAUCUGCGGACGAGGCUUCAGCAACUUCAGUAACCUGAAGGAGCACAAGAAGACGCACACAGCCGACAAGGUCUUCACGUGCGACGAGUGUGGCAAGUCGUUCAACAUGCAGAGGAAGCUGGUCAAGCACCGCGUCCGCCACACAGGCCAGCGGCCCUACAGCUGCGCCGCCUGCGGAAAGUGCUUCGGGGGCUCGGGUGACCUGCGGCGGCACGUGCGCACCCACACGGGGGAGAAGCCAUACACGUGUGAGAUCUGCGACAAGUGCUUCACGCGCUCGGCCGUGCUGCGACGCCACCGCAAGAUGCACUGCCGCGCCGCCGCCCCGGACGUGCUGGAGGAGCUGGCCCAGGCCAUGGACGCGUCUGACCUCGAGCAGCCUCAGGGCUCCGACUCCUUCACCCAGGACAUGGCCGCGUCCCUGCUGCCCGCAGCAGGGAAGCUCCCGGGCCCAGAGGCGGGGGCGAUCGGUGGCCGCCCCUGUAAGUUCCGCUCCCUGGAGCCGCCCGCCAGGAGCCAGCAGGAGAAGCUCACUAUGGACCCCGAGAAGCUGGCCAAGGCACCCCUGCCGCCCGCACAGCAGCCGGCCUACACCUACACAGACGUGAGCGCUGCCGCUGGCGACGAGCUGCCCGCCGACGGCAUGUCGCUGAUCCGCUCGUCACUGGCAGCGUUGGACAACCAGGGGCCCGACGCCCUGGGUAGCCGGACAGCCGCCACGGCCUACCGGAACUCGGAAGGCCAGUUCUUCUCCGGCAUGACCCUCUGGGGGCUGGCCAUGAAGACGCUGCAGAAUGAGGGCGAGCUGGAGCAGUGACACCAGCCAGAUCUGGGGCGGGUCCGGCGGAACUCGAGAGCAGGCACAGGGCGGGAGGCGCCUCCGGGGAGACACUGGCUCACUGGCCAGCCCGAGGGGUGGCGUGUGGACUUGGGACCAGUGGGCAU